GCCACACUAGCCAAAACACAAUUGUCAUUUUAAAAUCAACUGCUUUGUUUUAUUCAGAAAAGAAGUGAUACAAAUGGAGGAGAGUUGGUGGGUGGCGAAUAUAAAGGCUCUGGAGUCGAGGCCACAGCGCCUGGAGGCGCUAACCAAGAUGAAUACAGCGAUUGGUAAGGAGACAGCCCUACCGCGCCAAAUCAUCGGUCGACUGAUGACCACGGCCGAAUUGUAUGAUUGUGCCAAUCCAGAGGUGGAUUCUCAGACGCCCAAGGAUCAGGCUGUCGAUGUGGCCCUGGAACUGUUGGGCCACUGCAUCGAUCAGCUGGCUGUGGACACCGCCGACGAGCAGCUGCCUAGUUUGCUGGGUCGUGGCCUGGCCCACCCGAAUCCUGCCCUGCGUUCUUUGGUGCUGGCCAGCGUUCUCAAGGAGCUGCGCCGUCAGUUGAAUGCCGGUCAGGUGCACACGCUUCCCGGCAAUGAGCUACUCUUUCUCAUUCUGGAUGAACUGAAGCAACCGGAGACGGAUAGCAGUUCCCUGGCCAUUAAUAUACUGUCUAUUGUGCUUGUCCAGCGACUCAGCGAUGCCGGCGUACAGGCCAAGCUGGUGCAGCUUCUGCAGCAAAACGAAAUCGUGCGCUGUCGCACCUACGAACUGGCCGUGGUUCUAGCGAAGGGCAGCGCCACCUCCCUCAGUGCCGUAGAGUUUAUCCUGGAUGCGGCGCUCAGCGAGUUGGAUAACGAUGAUGUCCUUCUACAGGCCACCGUAUUGGAGAUCCUGGUGCCACUGGCCGAACAGAACCAUGGGCUGUCCUUCAUGGAACGCCGUCGUGUUUUUGAUGUGAUCAGCACUAGAGUGCAGCGCAUCGAGGAGAAUCCAUUGGACGCUCUGCUUAUACCGAGUAUUAUGAAGUUCUUCGGAAAGAUUGCCGCCGUCCAGCCGCAAAAGAUCAUUGUCGGCUAUCCACACAUGCUAGCCUGUUUGUUCCAGCAGCUGCAAUCUGAGGAUGAAACCAUUUUGCCGACUGCCAUGGACACGCUGGCCAAUUUGGCCAGUACACCGCAGGGCAAGAUGCUGCUGCACCUACAUUUUAACUUGGCCAUGGAGCAGUCAUUUAAGAAAUACGGUUCGUACACCAAGAAGCUAUCGGCGCUCAUUAAAGAGCGCCUGCUGAACUCGUUAGAUGUGAUUUAUGCCACGGAGACACCUCCUACCAAGGAAAUAAAUUCAAUUCUGAAAACCUGGUAUGAAAGCUUUGCUGGUGGAGCACAGGCGAAUGUUAUCAUGGACCUGAUUAACACGCCAUUCCCUGACCUCCAGUUGGCCGCCUUGGCUCUGCUAAAGACUGUCUGUAAAUAUGCCUGGGGCAUUGUUGCUCUAAAAAACACUGGCGGUGCUGUGGAGUUCCUGCUAUCGCGGCAGAAGGAUCUGCACAAGGACGUCAAGUUCCUUAAAUGGGAAAUCAUGGAGAUGCUAUCCGUUAGUGCCGAGUUUUCGCCAACCGAAACUGUUCGUUUCUCGGCAUAUGUGAACGAGGGACCCUAUCACAUCCAGGCGGAUGUGAAUAUAGCCACCGAACCGCAGGGCAACGCCUAAAGAGCGUAGAUGCCAAGCAUUUACCGCUUUAGAUUAUAAAUCAAAUGUACAGCGACGGGUUCAACUAACAUCUGAAUAUGUAUUUAUAGAAUUACAAUAAGAUUUAACUAUUA